UAAAAUUUAUUAAUAGAUAUUUCUACUUGGGUAGUAAUUAUGUUGGUGAGUAGGCAGUGGCAGAUGGGCGGUUUCUUUGAUUUUUAAGCCAAUCUCCAACGUCUACCUUCGUUAUCUCCGCCAACAUUAACACAAAACGUAUUUAUUUAACAUAGAAAAAAUAUCAAACAAUUGGCAUGCACAGUCUCCGCCUUGCUUCUUCCGCUCAUUCCCAGUCGCUCUUCACAAUGUCUGCCGCCUCCGCUUCCCUCGCUCUCCCUUCUCCCCUUUCUUCGUUUCGCUCCAAUGGACCUCUUCCUUCUAGAUGCUUCCUCCGCCUCAACAACCCCUCAAGAUCUAGGGUUUUCAUGAGUGUCUCCGUUGGAUCCCAAACUGUCGUCGAUGAUGCCUUGUUCGCUGAUUACAAGCCCACCUCCGCCUUCCUCUUUCCCGGUCAGGGCGCUCAAGCCGUUGGAAUGGGAAAAGAAGCUGAGGCUGUGCCUGCUGCUGCAGAAUUGUAUAAGAAGGCAAAUAAUAUAUUAGGUUUUGAUCUUCUAGAUCUUUGCAUCAAUGGUCCCAAGGAAAAGUUAGAUUCAACUGUCAUAAGCCAGCCUGCUAUUUAUGUCACAAGUCUAGCUGCUGUGGAGCUGCUUCGUGCCCGUGAUGGAGGCCCGCAGAUUAUUGAUUCUGUUGAUGUCACUUGUGGUCUCAGCUUGGGUGAAUAUACUGCACUAGCUUUUGCUGGGGCUUUUAGCUUCGAGGAUGGACUCAAGCUUGUCAAACUAAGAGGAGAAGCGAUGCAGGAAGCUGCAGAUGCUGCUAAAAGUGCUAUGGUCAGUAUCAUAGGACUUGAUUCGGAGAAGGUUCAGCAAUUGUGUGAUGCUGCCAACCAAGAAGUUGAUGUAGCUGAUAAAGUGCAGAUUGCGAAUUACUUGUGUCCUGGAAAUUAUGCAGUAUCUGGGGGUCUCAAAGGAGUGGAAGCAGUGGAAGCUAAAGCAAAGUCAUUCAAGGCUCGGAUGACGGUUCGUUUAGCUGUUGCUGGUGCUUUUCACACUAGUUUCAUGGACCCAGCAGUUUCAAGAUUGGAGGCUGCAUUGGCAGCAACCCAGAUUAGAACUCCAAGAAUACCUGUCAUAUCAAAUGUCGAUGUUCAGCCUCAUGGAGAUCCUGAGACUAUAAAGAAAAUACUAGCACGUCAAGUGACUUCUCCUGUUCAGUGGGAAACCACGGUGAAAACUUUGCUGACCAAAGGGCUGAAAAAGAGUUAUGAAUUGGGGCCUGGAAAGGUCAUAGCUGGCAUUGUGAAGAGAAUGGAUAAAAGUGCUGAGAUUGAGAACAUUGGUGCUUGAGGAGUGUUUUUUUAUUACUUGUGGCUACUCCACCAUUCAUAUUGAAUGAUGUGUUGAUGCAACUUGGAAGUUUUGAGGUUUUAUGACCAGACAUAUUGCAAAUCUAGCUUGUAAUGAUGGUGUCAGUUGUCUCUAUGUGUGUGUUUUUGCCAGCAUUGUUUCAUUAGAAAGAAAUAGGCCAAGUAAACAACACUCCUGUGUCAUUCAUCGUUUCAACUGCAGUGCCUACAUUCUGCUAUUCAAUUUCCCAACCCAUCUCUUAAGCCACGACUCAUUCACUGUAUAAAUAUAAUUUUUGGGGGAUAUUAUGUUUUUCGAGGAGUGAACAAAAUGGUUCAACUUA